AUGACAGAAAGAUUGUUAAUAAGAGCAUUAAAGGGUGGUAAAAACACUAAAAUUGUUACACUGUGUGGAAAGAAAAUUGCGAAGAUGCCCUCAACAUUAGAAAAACUGACUGGCCUUCAGACUCUAGUGCUACAGAAUAAUCGAAUCUCCAAAGUGUGCCCAGAGAUAAGCGCCUUGACUCAGUUGACAGCACUAAACCUGGGAAAUAAUCUUUUAGAAGAAGUUCCAGAAGAGCUGAAAUUCCUUACAUCUCUGAAGAAACUUCAUUUAUUUGGAAAUAGGAUUCAUAGGUUUUUACCUGGAGCAUGUGAUGGCUUACAAAAUUUGAUCCUGCUUAAUCUGAACAACAAUCUGCUUACGUGUCUUCCUGGAGAAAUCCGCAGAUUAAAAAGGCUUACAUAUUUGAGUAUAAAUUUCAACCAGCUAGCCAGCAUUCCUAAAGAACUUUGUUUCCUUGGGAAUCUUUCUGAACUUCAACUUAACUACAAUCAGCUCAUUUGCAUACCUGAAGAAAUUAAGUUUUUGAAGAAACUCCAGAAGCUUCUUCUGGUCAGGAAUGACAUUGAGUAUUUGCCAGAGGGACUUUGUGAUCUUACACACUUAAGAAUCCUAGACAUAGCUGGAAAUAUUGUUCACAUUUUUCCAUCCCAAUUUCAGAACCUGAAGCUGAAGGAAUUCUACUGUGAAGGGAACCCACUGCUUCUGAAGCAGCCAGUUCAUGCUGUGGAUCAGGAGGAUGUCUGGAGUCUACUGGAAAUAGCAUCAAGAUUUGUAAUGAAUCACCUAGCAGAAAAUAAUCCUUUAAUAAUGCAAGCCAUAGUAGGCUACCCACACAUCAGGAAUAUACUCUCUCAGAGAAAAGAAUGUGCAAUAUGUGGAAAAUCCUUUCUAACCAUGUGGCUGGAGUGUGUUCAGUUUGUUCCUCCAUCGAAGAACUGGAAGAUAAGCAGAAAUGUACAGCUGAUUCCUCUUCGAAUGUUAAUUUGUUCUUACAAAUGUUUUAAUAGACGUGGCCCUGACCUCUUUGGAAUUGCUCAGGUGUAG